AUGGAACGAGCAAAGCAGAAGCGUGCAUCAAGAAGACGUCAGGUGACGAAACUCAUCGGCGAAGCAUCUACGGUUAUCGCUAACGAAUCGACGGACCGGAUGUUACUUGAGAGUCUUCUGGAACGGUUGCGGGUAAAUAACGAAGAACUCACGCGUCUUAAUAACGAGUUGGAACAGUACCUGAAGGAAGACGAGAUGGAAUCCGAGCUGGACAUCGCAUUGCAGUAUGAGGACAACGCCGUAAGCACCAUGGCAAAUUUGCGAACGAAGAUCUCCGGCAUUGGUGCUACUCCAAUAGCAGCAACGACAGCUCAAGUGACUGCAUCGUCGCCUCAAUCCAACAACACAACGAAAUCCAACGGUAUCCGACUUCCCAAGUUGCAACUAGUGAGGUUCCGCGGCGAGCUGUCAAUGUGGGGAAGCUUCUGGGAACAGUUCAAAGGCGCCAUUCAUGAAAAUGACUCCCUCAGCAAGGCGGAGAAAUUCUACUAUCUACGCUCUUUGCUGGAUGGGCCUGCAGCGACAGCAAUUUCUGGUCUACAAGCAACGGAGGAAUGUUACGCAGACGCCAUUGAGGUACUGACCGAACGCUUUGGUGACAAAAGGCGCAUCGAAAGGGAACACCUGUCAAGGCUUCGGACACUUCCGUACGUCAAAUCAUCACGUGAUGUGUACGGACUUCGUAAACUCUACGACCACGUUCAAACGCACGUUCGAGGAUUAAAGGCGCUAGGUGUCACAAGCGAAAGCUACGCAUCGAUGAUGUGUGAAAUCCUGCUCUCAAAUUUGCCCACCAAUCUGGCACUGGACUACCAACGACAAAAGAAGAGACUCCUUUUGUACGACGCAAGGAAUAAUCCAGGCAGCACGGAAACAUCGUCAGAAGUUGAAGGAGAUGCCUCCGGUGAGCUCAAAAGUAUCCUUAACUUUGUCAGGAUAGAAAUCGAGAGCAUGGAAGGUGUCAACAUGGUCGAUAAAAGGCAGGACGUUAAUGACGGACACAGCAAGGACGCAUACAAAGCAGAUCCACCAUCAUCGCAUAUAUGGCUGAAGGACAUCCCCGCACUACGGACAAUGCUACGGAAAAACCCGAUUGAUGACUUCUCCUUACAUGGACUAUUGAUGAAGCAACAGGGCCACGAGAACAACAACGCCCCAAACGACGACUUCCCGAGGAGGUCACCUUAG